UGCAUGAAGUGUGGAGGAGGGACCUCUCCUGUAGUCUGGGGCACUAGUGAGCUAAAGCAAGCCUAGUAUAGACAGAAAGGCAGCAUCAGUUCUAAUGCAAUAAAAAUGACUGAAACAUAGAGAGACAUGAGACAUACACAGUGACAGCUCUGACAACAUACAUCUCAUACAUAAGACAUAGCUGCAAGAGAAGGAAGAGAUUGACAUAUCUGACAGGUAGACUGCUCAGGAGACUGUCAAAAAAGUAGUUACUGAGGUAUGAGAAAAGGUCCCUAGUUAGAGAAAAAGAAACAGAUUUAGAGACAGUUGUGGGGAGUAAGAUACUGAUAAGUGGGACAAAUAAGAUCCAGGCAGACAGAAGGGAACUAUACCAGAUACAGCCUGUAACAGAGGGGAGUCACUUCAGACACAGACAGCUGUGACACAGGGCAUAACUAUGUGUCAGACUUGGUGUUUGAAGAAUGCUGAGCUCACUUUCUAGGGCUUUGGCUGUUGAGAAUUUCUUAUAGAUGCAGUCUCUGAAUAUACCACUCCUGUGCAGAUGUAGCAUUUAGCAGUAUUCCUACACCCAGUGACUAUAGAUGCAGUGCUGGGAUUUAUAGAGGGUGGCAUAAAGUGCCCUUUUUCUUGGCGAGAUGUUUCGGUCGUUCUUGUCCCUCUUCCUGCUUUUAAAAUGUGUGGCCCUGACCCCAUCAAUGAGACGUCCAAGUUGCCAUGAGGUGCGAGCAGCCUUUCAGCUCCAGCAGGUUGGAAGAGGAAGGUUGGUACCCGAGGUACCUGUGGAGGAAUCUGACCUCCAGAUAUGCCAAAACAAAGCUCCCACGUGCUGCACAAGGAGAAUGGAGGAGAGUUAUCAGGCAGCAGUAAAGCAAGAGCUAUUCCAUAACAUCCAAGCUCUGAACUUCGAGCUCAAAUUUAUGAUAGUUGGACACAUGUCUGCAUUUCAAGAGACAUUUGAUUCUGUGAUACGUGUAGCUACAAACCACACCAUGGCUCUGUUUCACAGCACCUACCUUUUGCUGGCACCAGAUGUUGAGGAUCCCAUAAAGGAGUUAUUCACUGACAUCUCACUUUAUAUCCUGGGGGAGGAGAUACCUGUAGAGGGCGCAGUAUCACGCUUUUUUGAUGCUCUUUUCCCCCUCGUUUAUAAUCGUCUUUUAAACCCAGACAUGGCCUCUCUGUCAGAGGAAUAUUUGGAGUGUUUGCGUCUGACACGGAAGGACAUUAACCCAUUUGGAUCCUACCCUAGUGCAGCGGUUACAAACCUUUCCAAAUCUCUCUGGGCCAGCAGGAUGAUGAACAAAGCUCUGAGCUUAGCAGUCCAGGUAAUCAACACCACUGAACAUGCUGGUCUGACAAAGGAGUGUAUCCGUGCCCUAGUUAGGAUGCAGUACUGCCCUCACUGCCAGGGCUUCACACUGAUCAGGCCUUGUGUUGGUUACUGUCUCAAUGUCAUGAGGGGUUGUUUGGCAAGCCUGGCAGAUUUGGAGAUCCCAUGGAGGAACUUUAUAACCUUAUUAGAACAUCUCGCAGGACAGAUGUCUGGUUCACAUGAUCUGGAAUUGGCACUGUUGGGGAUCCAGGACAUGGUGAAAGAAGCUAUUCAGCAUGCAGAGUCACAUGGAUCAGACCUUACCUCCAUGGUAGACAAGGUAUGUGGGAAGCCACAGGAGAGCUUGGUGAGGAUCCACACAGAUGUCACAACGCAGGUAGAUCCCAAGGUUGAAAUGCCAACACCAGCCACGCUGCUCCCUCCUGGGCAUAUGAGAAGCUCUCUGCCUCUGAAAGCUUCAAAGAACGACAAGCCUCGUAAUUUGAAAAGAAUAUCUCGGGAGUUUAUCAACUACAUGAAGCUAUCAAGAACAUUUUAUGCCUCUUUUGCUGAACGUUUGUGCGAUGGGGACCUGGCAGUCAGAGAUGGUUCCACCUGCUGGAAUGGAGAUGAUGUUGUAGAAAGUUACACAAACAUGGUUGUGUCCAAUGGAGUUAAAGCUCAAACAAACAAUCCAGAAGUUAAAGUCAGAGGACUAAAUCUGCACAUCCGCCAAACCAUUGAAAGGCUGCAGCAAUUCACACAGAUGGGCACAGAGAAGAGGAUUAAACCAGAGAGGUGGCGUUUUGUAGAAGGCAGUGGAGGGGAUGGAACAGGUGAAGAUGCAGAUCCAAGUGGAGACUGUGAUGAUGAGGACGGGUGUCAAGGCUCUGGUGGCACAGAACAGAUUGACACAAAGAAACACUCUGAAGAUUCCAGAAGAGGAAAGUCAAGCACGAAAGUUUUAAACCUUCCUAAUCCAAGUGCUACCAAAAUCUCAGAUAGUCAGAAGAAUCUUUCAGGCACUGGUAGCAGAAUAACUAUUUCUUCGACCAUGCUUGUGGCCUUAUUCAUUCUUAGAGAGUGUAUGUCACAGCUUUGAAAUGCUACUUUUUACAAAUAUUUUCUAUAAUCCUCUAAAGCCUUAUCCAAGUGAAGGAAGACUGCUGCUUUAUACAGUGGACUGGAAGAGACAAUAUGAAUGUGAUGAUGGCGGACUUUGUUUAUGGUUCUAAGUGGAAUAAUGGGCACAUGCAAUGGACUUAUGUGCUGGGAGAAGUAAAUAUUGUGGUGACAGACAGUAAUUUAAACCUCAGACAGCCUGGAAAUAAACUUGCAGGGUUAUAUUGGUCAACUUGUUCCAAAAGAUAGGUUAUGAUUAAUAAAACUUGGAAAAAACCCAGCGUAUAAUCUGCAGUGCUCAUAGCCGGACUAACAUGUCUAGGAGAAUAUGCAUUUUGUUAAUUUUGAGUUACAAUUAAGGGCCACUUUGCACUUUAGAAGCCUGUGUACAAAUAUAUAUAUUUUUUCUUGGUUUGCAUAUACCUCUAGAAAUGAACGUUUCGAAGACAGUUAUUAUCACCCUUGACUCCUGCAACUGAAUCUUGCAAAAUAUAUUUUCUUUCAUUUUGCUUUCUGCAUAUAUUUUUUAUAUUUUAAAUAGCAUUUAUGGUUUAGUUUUGCUAUACACUUGGACAAAACCACUAAAGCAUAUAAUGGAGUUUUAGCUACCAAGAUCUGGCAAAGAAAGUGAUUAAGAGGGUCUGCAAUUGUGUAAUCUAAAAGAAAACAUUGAAUUAGAGAGUGUAAGUCAUAUCUUUGUGUUUAAUGGACAUGAAAAGCGCUAUAUAUAUAUUAUAUUUUAAAAUGUGUCCCAGCUCAUUUUUUGUUAUUUUUUAAUGUGAUAUUCCAGUGCUAAGUAGCCAUUCUUCUUCUUGAUGUAAAUAGUUGUAUCUGCCUCCCGCUACAAAACGUAAUCAGCUAUAAAAAGUUACUUUAAAACCCCUUUUUUGGCAAUACAAGCUGAUCAUGGAUAUUAGUUGAUUUUAGUAGUUUGAUUCAGUUGCCCAACAAAAAUAUAUAAAUAAGGCUCAGAGCCCUUCUUCUGACAUCAUACACAUUUUAUUAUUAAGGGUUAAGAUCCAUAUAACCAUAUAAAGUGUAUAAAGCGUUUUUGUAUAGUAUCUUAUUUUUUUCCAGAAAUCACAAAGCUUUCUACAUAAAAUAGGUUUUCUCUAUAAAGUGGAGAAAAAAAAUUCCAUCAUCUUUAGUGAUUAAAUAAAGUCCAGUAAAAUUA